CUUGUUCACUGGUUCAUGUUUCCGGGGGCGAAGGUUUCAAUGUAACACCACAACAUUGAGCUAUCGAACAGCACAGUCCCUCUCCUGUCUGUUUCUAUCCCUCCAUCCUUCUCUCCUACCUUUCCCUGGUAGCAGCAUGGUUCUGUCUGCAGCCAGACAGCACCUCCUCGGGGGCAUUCGGCUUGGUGCCUGGGGGCAGCACCUCCUCGGGGGCAUUCGGCUUGGUGCCUGGGGGCAGCACCUCCUCAGGGGGAGUCGGCCUGGUGCUUGGGGGCAGCACCUCCUCAGGGGGAUUGGAUCAGUUUACACCGAUGCCAAGGGGUUCCAGGAGAAGGAGAUCAGAGAGAAACUCCAAGCUUUCCCUGGGGGAUCUAUAGACCUUGUCAAACAGGAGUCUGGCAUCGCGGUACUGACCGUCAACAACCCUGCUCGCAUGAACGCUUUCUCUGGUUCCAUGAUGGUGGAGCUGGAGGAGAGGGUGUCCCAGCUAGAGGAGUGGACGGAGGGCAAAGGUCUCAUCAUCCAGGGGGCUGCUGGGACAUUCUGCUCUGGGUCAGAUCUCAACGCAGUCAGGGCUAUAUCCAAUCCUCAGGAUGGGAUGAAGAUGUGUACGUUCAUGCAGAAUGCCCUGACCAGACUACUGAGGCUACCUCUGUUGUCUGUAGCUCUGGUGGAAGGGAACGCACUGGGGGGAGGAGCUGAACUCACUAUUGCCUGUGACUUUAGGUUGAUGGCGCCGGGCAGUGUGAUCCAGUUUGUCCAUAAACACAUGGGUCUGGUCCCUGGUUGGGGCGGUGCAGCUAGAUUGGUACGCAUCGUAGGCGGCCAGAGCGCCCUGAAGAUGCUGGGUGGCGCUUUGAAAAUAGACCCAGAGAUGGGGCUUCAGAUUGGGCUUGCGGACGGGGUCCUGGAAGGUUCCCUGGCUGGGUCUGGAGCCAAUGCCCUCCUGGAGGCAGAGCAGUGGUUGGGAUGCUACACCACGGGUCCAGCCCCGGUCAUCAGAGCCAUAAAGAGCGUGGUGGUGUCUGGGAGAGAGCUCCCCCUGGAGGUGGCCCUGAGGACUGAGAGGGACGUGUUCGGGACAGUGUGGGGAGGGCCGGCUAACCUACAGGCUCUGGCUACUAAGGCCAAACACAAGUGAAUGAACUAAUCUUGCGAUUACAUUGUAGUCUCGUCCUAAUGUUCUGGAGAAACCUAGAACGUCUGGAGUGGAAGUCGUGAACCAACCCACACUGAGACUGAACUGGAACACUAGGAUGGGCUGUAGAGGGUCUGAACCAGAACACACUGAACUAGUGUAUUCAUUCUGACAAUUCUGUUGCUUAAAAAGCAUCUCUUAAAAACAGAAGCAAACGAAUCCUACUUGUACUAUAGUUUUAGUUGGGAAAUGUUUUGAACCCAUUAGGCAGAAUGAAUACAUCCCUGGACUGUGCUCUGGGAGUUUGACGGUACCAAAUGACAGAAUUAUAUUGCUGUGUUGUGAGUGACCACUAACAAUCUAUUAUUUCAGUGAAGGAAUUGUUGUCAACUGUUGGGACAAUUAUAUGGGCCCCAUCUAAAAGUGGUGAUGUAAUGUGUAUCAGUGGAGAGUCUGAUAUGACACUAGUUGUGAAGAUGGUAUUGUGCCUUUUGACCUUUGUGGCUCUACUACAGUCCAUUAACACCGGGGUGACCCAACGCCAGGGGGGUGACCCAACACCAGGGGGGUGACCCAACACCAGGGGGGUGACCCAACGCCAGGGGGGUGACCCAACGCCAGGGGGGUGACCCAACGCCAGGGGGGUGACCCAACGCCAGGGGGUGACCCAACACCAGGGGGUGACCCAACACCAGGGGGGUGACCCAACACCAGGGGGGUGACCCAACACCAGGGGGGUGACCCAACGCCAGGGGGUGACCCAACGCCAGGGGGUGACCCAACGCCAGGGGGGUGACCCAACGCCAGGGGGUGACCCAACACCAGGGGGUGACCCAACACCAGGGGGUGACCCAACACCAGGGGGUGACCCAACACAAUGCAAGCUUGAUGUAGAAAAACCCACAAGUGUCCACAUUUCUCAGUCUCUUCCACAAUGUCUUCUAUUGUACUACAAUCACAUGUCAAUGACUAAACAUAUGACAAAAACAA